GCUCAUGUUGUUAACACUCUAUCACAUUUCACGAACGCACGACCAACGUGGGUGUGACUCACCAUGGCUCGUCCACCUCCCGCCUCUGGCUCUGGUACUUCCACGCCAGCUGGAACGGUCUCAAGCGGUCCGUCACCGGCGCAAACACCAUCCGCCGCAUCUGGCUCAGCUGCCCGACCGCCAGCGAGUAACCAAAGUCGAGGUGAUGGAUUGAUGAAUAUACCAGCGAUGCUCAAUCUUGACAAGGCUGGAAAGCUGGAUAAAGACCAAAUAUCCAAAGUCCGAACGAUGAUUCUUCAACAGGCUCGACCUAUCGUCGCUAUGGCGCUCCACCGAAAUCAACCGAAUCCGCUUUUGGCUCUCCCUCCCCACUUGAAUCCAUCGAUGAGCGCAGAAGGGCAGUCCGCUUUGAUCAACAAGGCGGACUUUGAGAUCCUCAUGGCGAAAGGCGUAGAGGAUUCAAAGAAGAUUGGCGAGAUUAUGCCUAUGUCAGAGAUCAAGAAGUUGUUGGUUUUCACCCAAGAGCAACGGCACAAGAUGCUGCUACAGGAUCCGGUCCUCAAAUUACGGUUCACAAGGUCUCUAACUCAUUACGCUCAGUUCAACAAGGCGAACGCGAGCAACGCUAGCAGCAACCCAGGUAACACCCCCAGCAAUACGAACACGGCACCCAGCUCAACCGCAACACCGGGGUCAAUACCCAGCGUCAAUGCUAGCACGAGCGCCAAUUCCGUUCCCACACCCGUGGCUCCUGUUGUCCCCAUGGUGUCCGGUCCUCCGCCUCUACCGCCCGCCCCUCCUAUCAAGAUGGAGACGGAGGAUGAGAGGCGAAAGCGAAAGUUUACGGAAAUGCUACAGGACGAAGGGGGCGGUAUACACGCCGAAAUGGGUAUCUUUGAUGUGCUCGGCGAUGUGUUGGACAGUUUUAUUGAUUCAGAAGCUCGAAGAGCUAUCAGACUUGCCAAGCAUAGGAAAUCUCCCCGAGUGGAGCUCAAAGACGUAGCGUUCGCUAUUGAUGACUCGUAUGGCAUCAGUGUGCCAGGAUUCAACGCCCAAGUCCGUGAUCGGAUACAUACCGCGCCUGAAGCAGACAAAAAGAGGAGAACGGUGGUCCCGUUGAAGUCUAGAGCUAGCAAGAAGGAUGAGAGCUAAGCUAGGGAGUGUAUGAGGGAGCGUCCCUUUGUAUGUAUAUCCUCCAUUGUUGUAUUCAGACGACUAUUUGUAAGCAUGAUGAUGAGAUAAAGAAGAUAUCGGGUUAAA